UUGAGCAGCUGUGAUUUUAAGUACAUAUUGGUAUAAAUCACUGAAAAUAUAUGUUCACUAUUUCCAGGUGCAAACGUGUGCUCUUCAUCACUGUUUCAGUAAGACUCUACCAGGGAGGGUGUUGUAUCACUGGGUGAUAUUACAACGUGUCCCAAAACACAAGUUUGUUUGAUAAUGUUGAUUUGGUGGUUUGUUCAGCUGUAUGUUGAGAUGAUCUUAAAUAUUUCUCCAGAGUCACACUGGUCGCUGAAAUGCGGUCUAAACAAAGACGUGAUCUGAAUGUUUCAUAUACAACUUCAUACAUAUGGAGCCACAGACCGUAUGCUGGCAGCGCGAGGCUCCCGGUGUAACGGGGGCACAGUGCAUUCUGUACACUCACGGAAAUAACGAGCGUGUUUACUGCUGGGUCGCGCAUGCGCAUACUCGAAGGACCGCUUCUACAACUUUUGAAAGGGACCAGCUGGAGUGAACGAGCUGACGUCAUACACGUGAGGCUUCACACUAACUUCACGCUUUGUAAGUACUUGAACUACUUCAUUACAAUGACGCAAACCCAAACCAGCUCCAUGAGUAUCAUGUUAUGCUGCUAGCUUGUAGUUAGCAUGUUAGCGUGUAGCUACAUCAGCAUGUAAACAUAAACACGUGUGUAAGGGACUACUGGAGCCCUGCAUUAUAACAUUGAGUUUUUAGGCCAUUUCACAUGACCGGAAGUGAGUGGGGCAACAUACAGCUGACAUGGGAAGGAAUACAUUGAUGUACAAACAAAAAGAGGGUCAAAAUACAUGUUAUAUUACAUACAAACAAUAUACAAUAUAUAGUUUGCAUCUUUCUGAAAAGAUCCUUAAUAAACAACUACGGCCACCGGUGAUAAGACAUUCAAAACUGGUUCAAAAGUGAUUUUUUUUCCUAAUAGCCUACUUAUUUUAUUUACAGAUGUCCACCUUGAAGAUAUGGCAGACCAGCUGAGACCGGCUCCUGGGUGGCUUUAGCAAUGACAGUUAAAGAAGAACACCAAGAUUAAGUUCAACAAGUGUGUAUUUUCAAUUUCGUUGUAGUUGUAUUUAAAGUACAUUGUUCAUGUUAUAUUUAUAUUGUUAAAAUGAAUACAAAAUACAAAUAAAUGAAUGUCACAUGGUCGUUGUCCUGUAAGUGGAAACUGUUGAUGUGUUACGAUGACUAUGUAUUUCAUUGUUAUUUUGUGAGCUGUGACAGUAAAAGUGAACAUCUUUCUCAUCAACUAGUUCUAGAUGUUGUUUGAAUAUUCAUGUUUAGAACAUGUUUCACCAGGAUUUGCAAUAUUGUCCUUUAGCUGAGAAAUGUGGAUGUUCUUUCUUAGUUAGACUCUAAAAUGACAAUGCAGAGGAUAAAAAAGAUAAAUAUAGAAAAGAACUUAAACUCUUAAAACCAAAUUUGAACGUCGACCAGAGUCGUUUAUUAAACGUCUUUUCAACGGAAAUGGCAGGUCUCUUAUACUAUCAAUUAAUGUCAUCCUCACUUAACUUUACUCAUUAUUUUCUGAGUUAAGUUUCAUUUUACACUCAAACAGCCCACUGUUUGCACUGUUCUUCCUUCUUCUGCGUAGCGCCUUUAUUCUGUGUGUGCUGGAGGAAUGAUGUAGGACAAGAUUCAUCUUCUCUCCUUUCACAGGAGCUCCUCUGUAGCCCGGGGUCAGAUGGAGCUCCUGUGCACGGCGCUCUGCCUUCCGCCUGUGGCACUCUGCCUGUAUACGUCUGUGUGUGUGUGGUGUUUGGUUUAGAGACAGAAAGAGACAGGGAAAAGGUAGAUAGAUGGAGAAAGAAUAACUGGAGAUUUGAAGCUCGUCUUGGCGUUGCUAUACUGUUGCUCAACUCUCUGUUUCCAGGGAUUGAUCGUUGACAAUAAACUGCCUUACUCACAAGAUCUGUGAACACACAGGGGUGCCUUAAUAGAAACAUCUUUGGCACUGUCACAUCCCUCAAUCACUUGCAUCCCAAAUCCCUCAGUCCCAUCCUCAUCACUAACUUCUAACCUCAUUUGUUGCCUUCAUUUUCUACACUGAGGCAAUUGCCUUCCCUGCACCAUGGCCAAAUGUCAUUACCUCCAACACCUUUGCUGCUAGCUACGUAAACUUAGCAGCAGCUGAAUUUACAACUCAAACCUGCCAGAGCAGCCUGCAGCGCACAGUGUAAUCUCUGGUUGAUCCUGUCCCCGAGGCGUGUUUCCCCUGUAAGCACUAUUCUUGUUUGGGGGAAACAAAAGCUGAGACAUCUGAAGCUCGUAGUCCCUUUCCGGCGGUUGAGAGAGAGUCUAUUAUUCCUGGUGUGAGUCUCUGCACGAGAGGAGUUAUAAGCCAUGAAGAAAGGAGGACAUGCAGAUCAAAUUGCUUUAAUCCAUUGAAGCAUCUGUCCUCAUUCUCCAGAGGGCAGCAGGGUGUGUAGCAGAGCAGGCACUGAGUCCUGAUCACAACUGGAAAGGAAAACAAAACCUGUCUCCAAGGAAUCAUAUGAUGUGCCUUGGUCAGCCAGCUGUGCAGGACAUGUUGGGUAUGGAUAGCAGGACUGUCAAUCUGACAGAUCCCCCCCCCCCCUCUUCUCUCAAGUGUCAGAGAUGGUAAGAAGCUUGGUCAAAGCUUUUCAUCAUCUGCAUUCAUGCAUGCAUAUUUUCCUCUGCUUUUUCACCCACCUUUUCUGUCUUUCAAAAAACGUGCAGCUUUAAAAUUGUUCUGGAAAAAGAGACAAAAGGUAGAGCAUCCCGAACUCUGUCAUUCUGUCUGCAACUAACAAAGUUUUUCCCCCUGAUGGGUUCAUUCCGCAAUUGCUGUAUUUUUUCUCUCGUAUUCAAACAGUAUGACUCAUGAUGUCAACUCGAUUUAUUUUCCCCUCACCCACAGAGUAAAUGUCUUUUGUUUUUGCGCUGUUUGUGAUUAAUGGAACAUCAAAAGCCAAUCUGAGCUCAGUGUGAUACAUUCCUGAGGAUAUGAGUCUGCCAGGGACCCAUAAACAUCAUUAAUGAACAAGAGGCCGACUGGAGAGAGACAGUGACAGAAAAAGGGUGUGAAGAAGCAAACAGGAAGGCGAUAUUUAUAUAUAUAUUUAUAUAUACCUGUGGUUUUGAUGAUGAUUGCCUCGGUGAGUGAUGAAGACACACUUUGCACCCAGGGAUCUGGUGUGAUUACCCACCAUCAGUUUGGUGCGAAGGUACAAAUGGAUGGCAGCAUCUUUUUUUUUUCUAAAUCCAUUUGGAAAAUUACUUCUCCCUUUGCUCUUUCAUGCCCAUGGCGAAAAACUCGCAAGUGUACAAAGGAAACUUCUCCACUCAUCUAUGUGAAGACAGCUAUAUGUAUCUGCUUAUGUAGCUCUCUGCUGAGCUUAGAGGCUUAAUUACCCAGAAGAGAGGAAAUAAAAAAUGAAAUGCAAUUACGAAACUGUGCGCAGGGUAGGCUUGAAUAGGGGAGCUGUUUCAGAUCUGGGAAAUGCUGCUAACAUUUCACAGUAGAGGUCUGACCUUUUGCGUUGUGUUUUUCUGCAGAACAAAUCUGUCGAUCCUCGAGGAAGCACAUCCUGAGCCUGUUUUUCCAAAGCUUGUAGUAGCUUCUGGUAGAAAUGUUACAAAUGUGCCGUCUGUUUGCUCCGCUGGGAACGAGAGUAACCUCCUUCAUUCUGAAUUUAUUUAUUAUUUUUUACAUGUGUGUAAAUACUCUUAUGCACUUACUUGCUAAUAUGAAGCAACAACCUUCAGCGGGUUAACUUGGCUUAGCAUGAAAACUGGAAACCGGUGGAAACGGCUAUAUCUUGGCUUUCUGAAGGUAAUGUUUGUCUAAAUCUCUAAAGCUCACCAAUCAACACAAUAUAAUAUUUUAUGUUAUAGGUCGGAUGUUGUCACAGACUAACUGUUUUCUCCAUUCCUGUCUUUAUGCUAAGUACAGACAUGUGAGUAUUAUAGAUGGUUUCUCACACAACACUGUUACACCAUGAGGAGGACACGCGUUCACAUUCUGAACUGGCAUGGGAAAUCUGAAAGGGAAAAGCUAUUUGUGACAUACUUUACCUUCUCCUGUUUAAGUGCCCUUGAGCAAGCAUCCUAAUUGCUCCAGCAAGAUCUGCUCAUUGGCCACCAGUGGAAGGCUGCAGGGGUAAAAGGAGUGGGAGCUGCACAUGUAUGACGCUGAGGACAUGCAUCAAAAUGAAAUCUAAUUGCGUGUCUCUGUGCCUCCCUGUCGGCGUCAGCGUAAAGGAUGUACAGCCAGAGGGGGGGGCAGGAUGGAGUGUUCCUGGAAGACGGUGCUGCUGCUUGUGUGUGCGUCUCUUGGGGUCCAGUACACAGCCAUCCGCACCCUGAGGGACUCUCUGUCUGGGCCCUGUCAGGGAACCUACCGCUGCCAGACCAGACACCACAGAGACUCCAGGUGGAGAGCCUUGUGCGAUGACAGCUGGAGGCCGGUCGAUUCGCCUCGGAAGCACAUCCUGCUGUUUGCCACCACGCGCAGCGGCUCCUCCUUCACCGGGCAACUCCUCAACCAGCACCCGGGGAUCUUCUACGUAUUUGAACCUCUCUACCACGUCCAGCAGGCAUUCACCAACUCCAGCAGCCGGCUGCGUCGCACCCUGGACCGCCGGGCUCUACUGGGAGCAUACAGGGACCUCCUCCUCAAUCUCUACACCUGUGACCUCCACUUCAUGGAGAAUUACAUCCGCCCGGAGCCCCAGGACCACGUCACAGGCUCCUUCUUCCACCGGAGCUCCAGCCACGCACUGUGUUCCCCUCCCGUGUGCUUGGAUGCAGGCGAUGUAGCUGCCUCUGUCACUCCUGAUGAAACCUGGUGUCCCAAGAAGUGUGGGGCCCUGAACCUCACACAGGCCUCUCUGUCAUGUCUGGCGAGGGAACAUGUGGCCAUCAAGACUGUGCGGGUCCCCGAGGUGGGGGACCUGCGCACCCUGACAGAGGAUCCACGUCUGGACCUGAAGAUAGUCCACCUGGUGAGAGACCCCAGGGCCAUCCUCGCCUCGCGCAUGAUGGCCUUCUCGGAUCAAUUCCGCGCUUGGAAAAUAUGGAACGCGACAGGACGGCAGCCUCGAUACGUGGACUUGACGCAGAUCACCAGUACCUGCAAAGACAUGGCGGCCUCCGCAGAAACAGGCCUGCAAAGGCCGGCGUGGCUGCGGGGACGCUACCUGCUGGUGCGCUACGAGGACCUGGCGUUCAAUCCGAAAGACAAGGCCACUGAGAUCUACAGGUUUGUGGGGCUCGAGAUGGAGGAGAGUGUGCGGGUGUGGAUUGAAAAGAACACCAACAGUAACGUGUCGUCCACUUCGGAGUGGAACUACAGGUACUCCACCACGAGAGACUCCAGAGCGACAGCAGACAGCUGGAGGCUUCGUCUGGGCUUCGACAUCGUGAGGGCUGUGCAGAAUCUGUGCAAUGACACUCUGGCUCUGCUGGGAUACAAGCAAGUUCACUCUGCAGCUGAACUCAGAAACCUGUCUCACAGUUUAGUGGAACACUUUCGACCAAUCACAUGGUAGAUUAGAUAAAAGACUUCAAAAGCUGUUUGUUUAUUUAUUACAGCUGGUUUUACUCUCCGUCAUGAUGCUCAUUAAAUUGAUGUAUCUUAUUUUACAAUAAUGCCUAAAGUAAUUUCUUCCUUAUUUAAAAAUAUUUAAAUUGUGUUAAAGAUAUUAAAGUGCCAAACGUCAAGCGUCUGUGACAUGGGGAAAGGUUUUGAUCUAGAAUAAAGUCUAUACUGCUGUAUGUGUUGAUUAAAAACACUUCUCGACUUGUUCAGCAAAACACUGAAUCAUGAUGAGAUGGAGAUAGUACGCUGUUUUUUGAUUCAAUUUUCUCCGAAUUUCAGUGUUCAAAACGAGAAAAUAAACUAUUCAAAGAUCAGGUGCCAUAGAGUAACACAGGGAGAAAGGGAAUAUAUGUAUGUAUAUACACUACUGUUCAAAAGUUUGGGAUCACCCAGACAAUUUCGUGUUUUCCAUGAAAACUCACACUUUUAUUUAUCAAAUGAGUUGCAAAAUGUAUAGAAAAUAUAGUCAAGACAUUGACAAGGUUAGAAAUAAUGAUUUGUAUUUGAAGUAUUAAUUUUGUUCUUCAAACUUUGCUUUCGUCAAAGAAUGCUCCUUUUGCAGCAAUUACAGCAUUGCAGACCUUUGGCAUUCUACCUGUUAAUUUGUUGAGGUAAUCUGUUGAAAUUUCACCCCACGCUUCCUGAAGCACCUGCCACAAGUUGGAUUGGCUUGAUGGGCACUUCUUGCGGACCAUACGGUCAAGCUGCUCCCACAACAGCUCAAUGGGGUUGAGAUCUGGUGACUGUGCUGGCCACUCCAUUACAGACAGCAUACCAGCUGCCUGCUUCUUCCCUCAAUAGUUCUUGCACAAUGUGGAGGUGUGCUUUGGGUCAUUGUCCUGUUGGAGGAGGAAAUUGGCUCCAAUCAAGCGCUGCCCACAGGGUAUGGCAUGGCGUUGCAAAAUGGAGUGAUAGCCUUCCUUAUUUAAAAUCCCUUUUACCUGGUACAAAUCUCCCACUUUACCAGCACCAAAGCAGCCCCAGACCAUCACAUUACUCCACCAUGCUUGACAGAUGG